AUGAAAGCCUUUGGAAUCUUCGCACUUUUGCUCAAUGGGGCAUCCGCCCACUAUGCCUUCUCUCGCCUGAUUGUCAGUGGCGUCGAAAGCGGCGACUGGGAGUACGUCCGUGAUGUAGCCAACGGCGACAAGCAGCUCAACGCCAACCCAGAGUACGGCAAAGUGGUCCCGCAGAUGGGCACCCCCGAUCUAACGUCGACCAAUAUCACCUGUGGUCGAAACGCCUUUGCCUCGGCCGGACGCACCAAGACGGCUACGAUUCAGGCCGGGUCUCAAGCGUCCUUUGGUAUUCACAUUGAUGGGGGUAACCAUUACCUGGCGCAGGGCGCGGAGAUCAACCAUCGCGGUCCGGCCAUGAUCUGGCUUUCACGGGCGCCCAACGAUGUUCUCGAGGCCUACUCUGGCAAUGGCGACUGGUUCAAGAUUGGCUACGUCGGCCCUAAGAAUGAUUCCCACUGGGAGACUUUUCAGCAGCAAGAGGUUCAAUUCAAGAUCCCGAAGACCACACCGCCCGGAAAGUACCUUCUGCGCAUAGAGCACUUCUGGAUACUGCCUUGGGCUCACAUGAGCCAGUGGUACGUCAACUGCGCCCAUGUGGAGAUAGUAGGCCAAGGUGGUGGCGUGCCCGAGGGGUUUGCCAGGUUUCCUGGUACCUACAACCUCAAGACUCCAGGUCUCAUGGUCACUGAGAACCAACAUAUGUUCCCUCCUGCUGGACCUAAGGACCUCCUCCAGUAUACGCCUCCUCUUCCGGUGGUCUGGGAAGGUUGAACUUUUUAGAAAUUCUGUUUUCUGAUCCUCCAUGGAUCAAGUGGCAACGAGGGCUUCGGUUACUGGGCUCCAUGGAAGACAAUAUUCAUGUAAAGUGUCACGGCAGUUGGCACCGCAACAAGUCAACAUCAGCCUAGUUCAAAGUGAACGAUGCCGAAAGGUGUCACUCAGACGU